AUGUCGUUCCACCGCGGCAGCAGCUCCGGCACCGGCGGCGGCGACGGACCGAGCGCGUGGCCGUCGAGCCUGAGCACGCCGGAGACAGAGGAGCUAUACCGGUUUGGGCUCCUCGUGCCGCCGGGUUGCCGUCUGCCACACGACUGGAAGCUCGACAAGGACGGCUACCCGAGGCGUGGGCCCGGCGCCACCGCGGAGGAGAAGCGGACCGGCGGCCGCAAAAACAUCGCCGGCCGUCACGCAUUCUGGGACGGCAAAGACUACGCCGUCGUCAUUCGCGCAUGCCGGCUCGUGGAGUCCGGCGGCACGGCAGACCUCGUCCCGCGCCCCCGUCCAGAAUCACGCGGCCGACGGGCCCCUCCACCACCUGCGUCGGCGACUGCCGAUCCCCCCGCCCCGCCGGAGGUGGAACUGCCAUCGGAGCAGUUGGUUCUUCGGGAGGACGGCGAUCCCGACGAUACGCCGGGUUACCUCGUCGCCCUGCGGGUGUCGGUGGCUGCAGCGGCGGCUGCAGAGGCGGCGGCGGCUGCGAGGGAGGCCGCCGAGCAGGCGGCAGCGAUCCAGGCGGCGGCGGCGAUUCCGCCGGUGGUCCCGCAGGCGGAGGCGGAGGCGGCAGAGUCGUCGGACGAAGACGACAUCGACUGGGAGCGGCUAGCCCAGGUCAGCGACGACGACGACGACGGCGGCGGUGACGGCGGUGACGGUGCGGUCAUCGAUCUGCUGGGUAGCGACGACGAGGAGUAG